AACACAUGUUUACUUUUGAAUUUGAUUUCUUAAAUUAAGCUCUAAAAAUAGAAUCAAAUAAAUACUUUCCGUAAUUAUCUCCAAUAAAAUUUAAAUAUUGAUACCGUAAAAUAAACAUCACACCAUCGUCUUCUUUAGUGAUUUCACCAUCUUCCACCACCAACUUACCUAGACAGCUCCUUUCCACCUAUUAUCUCUCUAACUUCUUCUCUUUUGUAUUCUCCGACAAAGCAUAACACACAAGAGACCUAGACAAGAGUGCUUGAACUAAAACAACAUCGACGCCAUUAUGGGUUCCUCUGCUUCUAAAACCACUUCUUCUUCUUCGUGUUGCUCGGCGUCAACUUCACCUCCGGUGACGAAACUCAACUCCAAGGUCCCAUCGCCGUUGUCGCCUGCCAGGGUUCCUAAAGCUUUCUCAUUUCCGAUGCCGUCGGUUCAUCAUCCACCGGCUAAAGAAGGCGACACGCACCACCUCGUCUCUCUCAAGUCCACCACUUACGGUUCUCUUCACAUCACCGAUCUCGACGGAGCCUCCAACAGACAAACAUUGCCUCAUAUCUCCCUGUCCGGGAAUAACAAUAACAAGAAGAUACCUGAACCAGAGGAGUCACGCGACUCGUUAUCUCCUGACUCAGUGAUUAACACAUGGGAGCUCAUGAACGACCUUGACGACGACUAUUUGGAUAACGGUAACGAUUCGGUUCUAUCUUUCUCUGCACUCACCGCGGAUCAUGACGUUGGUGUUAAUGGGUCUGCCAUGAAACCGGACGACUCUUACGAGUUCGUGAGAAUCGAAGAAUAUGACGAAGAUUGGAUACCACUGCCUUCUAAAACUAAGCAGCCUCUGUGGAAGCAUUUGGCUGAAGAAUCGUUUCUCUCUGAUUUGGAUCCUAACAUCAUCUCAUCUUACAAGAGAGCAUUGUCUUCAAAACAACUAGGUAAAGACACGAGACAAACCAGUUUACUAGAAUCUGCACGUUUGAGUUCUAGGUCUUUGGAAGAGCAAGAGAAACCAAGACUGUCUGAAACAGAGAAGGAUGAGAACAAGAUAGUAUUAUACUUCACUAGCCUCAGAGGAAUUCGAAAGACUUAUGAGGAUUGCUGUUACGUAAGGAUGGUAUUGAGAGGGUAUCAGGUUGCGGUAGAGGAACGUGACAUCUCAAUGGAGUCCAAAUAUAGGAGAGAGCUUCAGAUUGCACUAGGAGAAGAGAAACCGGUUUGUUUGCCUCAGGUGUUCGUAAGAGGAGUCCACAUUGGUGGAAUGGAGGAGAUCAAGAAACUCAACGAUGGAGGUGAACUGGGAGAGAUGUUAAAAGGGCUUCCUGUUUGUGAAUCACUGGGAGCUUGUGAAUGCUGUGGAGAUGCAAGGUUUGUGCCGUGUACUAGUUGUGGCGGUAGCACCAAAGUGUUUGAGGAACAAGAAGAUGCGUUUAAGAGAUGCAACGGAUGCAAUGAGAAUGGAUUGGUACGUUGUAAGAAAUGUUGUCUCUAGUGAGUGGGUUCGGUUG